AUGACCUUUGUCAAGGCCCCCGUUCGGGCCUUCGCCAGCCCCUAUUCAUUAUCCAAGGUCGUGCGACCUUCCAGCACUCAGCAUCGAUGUCGAAUCAUGGCAACCAUGGCUGACUUGACUGAACAACCUUCAAAUAGAGCCGAAGGCUCCAUUGCCUCAGCGUUCGCCUCUCUAUCCAACCAGUCCAUUGACCUUCCCGCACGAUUUAUUCGCCUAAAACAAGAUAUCUCGCGAGGAAAUGGGGAUGCUAUCUUGGAUGGAUGGCACCGGCUGUUAGACCGGGUAGCAGCCGACAAACUAGCGCAGUGGGAUUCUCAUAUGAUCCCAGAAAUCAAAUUCUCCGCGAUCAAGUCCAACAAUGGCAAUCUUCCGGACCAUGCCAAGCAAGCUCUGAAGGACCGGGGUACAAUCAUUGUUCGAGGAAUCGUGUCCCCUGAGGAGGCUCUUGCAUGGAAGCAACGCAUUCGCGAUUAUGUAUCUGCAAACCCUUCCACAGCAGGGUUUCCCGCAGACAACCCACAGGUGUACGAAUUGUACUGGUCAAAGUCUCAACUGGAAGCUCGUUCGCACCCCAACAUGUUAUUGACUCAAACUGCACUCAAUCAAGUUUGGUCUGCUAAGCCUGAAGAUCCCGUUGAUACCUCUGUGCCUAUUACAUACUGUGAUCGUUUGCGCAUUCGCACUCCGGGUGAUAAGUCAUUCAACCUGGGACCACACCUUGACGGUGGUUCACUGGAGCGCUGGGAAGACCCAGAGUACCGGAAAUGUUACUCACAAAUUCUUCAAGGCGAGUGGGAGAACCACGAUCCCUUUGCGAUAACUCAUCGUCUCAAGGCGACGGUUGACAUGUACCACGGACCCGGUGGCUGCUCUGCCUUCCGUUCCUACCAGGGGUGGCUCUCCCUUUCUGAUUGCUCUCCUGGUGCUGGUACUCUCCGAGUGAUGCCCGAUCUCCUCGCUUCAACUGCAUACACCCUGCUCCGGCCCUUUGUCUGCCAGGAUACUUCAGGAGCAUGGGUUCUUGACCAAGGAACGAGCACCUUCCAUGGAGCCGCGAUGGGCGCUGGACAAGAGUUGAUGGCUGAUGGACACGCUCAUCUAUACUCUAAAGGAUUUGUCUCCAUCCCUCGUGUCCAACCCGGCGAUGCGGUCUUCUGGCACUGUGAUGUCGCUCAUAUGGUAGAGAACGAACAUCGCGGAACCGGUGACUCUAGCGUGCUGUAUAUCCCAGCUGCACCACUGUGCGAGGUUAAUAGCUACUAUCUGAGGAACCAGCGGAAUCAAUUUCUCCAAAGCCGACCGCCCCCUGACUUCCCUGGCGGUGUCGGCGAGAGUCAGCACAAGCACCGAGGCACUCUGGACGAUUUAUCCGAUCGAGGCAAACAUGCUAUGGGCUUCUUGAAGUUUGAGGCUACUAUUUCGGGCUCCCCGGGGCAAAAGGAGGCUGCACGUCUAGCGAACGCGAUCUUGGGAUUCGACGUUGACUAA